AUGGCUGACCAUUUUGAUGAAAAAAGCGGAGUUGUUCCUUCAAAAACACCUUGGGGAAAUUGGGCACAGACGAUUGAUGAAGUAUUUAUAGAAGUCAAUGUACCGAAAGGGACUAAAGGGCGGGAAAUCACAUGUGUUAUCAAGCCAAAGAGUAUAAAAUUUACCUUGAGAGGACAGGAGCUUUUUCAGGUGCAUUGACGACUGUGCCUGUCGUUGAAAUUAUACAGUUAAGUUAGGCUAAAGCUUAAUUUAAGCAAUUUUGUCUUUUCUUUAAGAUUAUUAAACCAAACCCGUUUCCCUCCUUCUUUUUCUUGCAGGGUGACCUUUUCGGGACUGUUUUGGCCGAUGAGAGUACAUGGGUAUUAGGUAUGGGAUCCAAACUUUUAAUUUAUUAGCGGGUGAAACUUGCUUGCUUGCUUGCUAUUGCACUAGGUAACAUCCAUUCUGAGGUCAAAUCAGUAUUUAAGAUUAAUGACCAAGUUUGAUUCAGGACUUUCUUUUGAACGGCCCCGUGUAAUAGAUUGAGAGGUCAGAGGUGUGACAUUACAGGUACGUAAUCAUGGUAGCAAAAUUUCAUGAUCAGAUCACAAUAUGCAACAAUGGCCGGGCGAUAAAUUAUUUUACGCAACGAUGACGGCGACGGCAACGAGAACGUUAAAAAAAAGCACAUGCACAAGUAUCACGCUUUUUCAAACAGUUCUUAGCUGUUGUUGUAUGACUGCGACAUGAAACUUCCUAAUUUAUGGAGUAAGUAAAUGCAACACAAAAAUGUUCGUUUUCUUUUUCUAAACUUAGAUUCAGUCCUUUCAGAAUCAACCCCAGAAAAGUUUCGCCAACGUUUGACAAUUUAAAUGAAACUGAAUAAGAUUGAUGAAGUUUGAAACAGUAAUACCGUAAAUGCUCGAAUUAGCGCCCGGGGUGCUUAUUUAAUUUUCUAAGGUGAGAGGGGGGUGCUAAUUCGAAGGGGGGCGCUUAUUUGAAGGGGGCGCUUAUUUCGCUUAUUUCGCCUCAAAAUGACACUAUCUUUAUUUCUAUUUAAAACCAAACUGCAACACAAAAAUUCGAAAACCUUAUAGAAAACUACUUUUUGCGAACUCGAAACGUUCUUAGGACUUUUUUAUCAAAAGUGUGUUUUAUUUCUGCAAUAGAACAAUUCUAAUAAAAUUAUGUGUUUGCUAUUGUGAAAUGUUUUGUCCAAAAAGAAAAGCCUGCGGUUAAUGUCCAGUUGUCUUCAACUGCCUUCACUUGGCAGAUGGUUUACGAAAUAGAAUUUGCGUCUGUGAUAAGGGGGCAUCAUGUUUAUAAAACAGAGUGGUCACUAAAGCUUGGAGAAAGGCUGGUGUGUCGGAAAGACGAACGAAAGGAGGCUAAAGAGCAUGAUGAAUAUGCUGUUGGAACAUUCAUUCAAGAGAGUAGCAAGCUGGUUGGACAUGUACCCAUUGAACUUUCCUUCCUCGUAUUUACAUUUCUACGAGCUCAUGAGGAUAAUCAGAUGGUAGUUGAAGCAAUAAAAGGGGGUGGUAGGCCUAAACGACUUUUACCUCAUGCCAAAGUGCUGCUUAUUCCAAUAAAGUUGUUUUUAUCUGAUGGGUAGAUUAUGCUCUGGAAGGUUCCACAUUUAUACUGAGAAAAUGUGAUUUUAGCCGCAUGUUUCACACUGAGAGGUCAUGACAUACAUAUCGAUUGACUGUAGUUAUUGUUUUCUGGUCGGCAGGAUUUGCCCUCUGAUGCAAGCGCAUUUUCUUUGACCUCUUUUGAAGCGUAAAGCUUUUCUAUUACGGCUGAAUAAGGGUUCCAAUUUUCUCCAAAGUGCCUUCUGGAUCUGAAUAAGUAAGCGAUUUUCUUUAAUCCGUGAGUGCAAUGUUUUUCUGCAAUGCUGUAUCACGCUGGGCCCAGCUCAUCAGUUUUCUUUGCAGAAUGUUAAAUUAUCACGAAUAGUGACUUAAAGAUCCAAAAUUAUAAGAGUAAGUUACUGCAGCUUAAACUGAUGCUACAUAACCUUACUAUGGAGAAUUGAAUUGUGACUCAGUAAACUCCAGCUUAGUGUUUUUCUAAAGAUAGUGUGAGUCUUUUGACUGGAGCGCGUAGUUCCUCCCUUGGUAAUAGCUUAUAAUAAUAAUAAUAACGGGGUAAUAGCAGGGGAGGGGGACGCUUAUUACAAAUUUUGAGCCUUAGGAGGGGCGCUAAUUCAAAGCGGGGCGCUUAUUUGAGGCUGGGCGCUAAUUCGAGCAUUUACGGUAAUUCACUUCUUAAUAAUUAAUAAUAAUGAAUUUUUGUUUUGUUGUCAUCCAGUAGUUUUGCUACCAUGGCAAUGCAACGUAUCAACUUCUCCUCUCAAUUGCCAGAACGUCACCAUAAUCUGAUAAUUUUUUUGAAAAGGGCCGAAAAGUUACAAAACUGGCAUGUGCAGUUUGGUUUCACAUAUCAUAGAUAAACAUUUUUGAAAACAGUGGCUUGUCUGUCAUUUCCCAAAAAUCACACAUGCAAAACACAUCCACUUUACAAUCAAUGACAACAAAUCUUCUUCCCUCUCCCCAGGCCAAGGACAAAAACAGCCCUCUCCUUCUUCCUGGCAAUGUUGUUCUUGGUUAAUUGCAGUGAAAUGUUAUAAUAUUAUUUUGAUAGUGUAUUUUAGAACUAACAUUUGUUACAUUUGAUGCUAUACACAGGAUCAAACAUGAUCAUAAGCUCCCGUACACUUCAGAAAGCCACAUGUACUCUACAAUAUUGAAACCAGGGGGGGAGGGGAGGGGAUACUGCGGCAAGAUAUUGCUUAGCUUAGUGCAAAGAAAGGGAUGUGUAACUAGAUAACAAAGGUCUAGAGAUCUGGGAGUAACAAACUUAUGCUUAAGUGAGAUAUUGCUUAGCACAUCCAAAAUCAGAUUUAUCCAGCGAACACUUUUCACUGUUUGGUGAAAGAAACACGUUGUUUUGUUAUGCAAUACAUAUUAUAUGGUCACAAAAGAAAUUGCCAGGAAGGUGGACCUUUUUGCAUUAUAUGUACUUUCAACCAAAAAACCUGGAAAUCAUAGUUGGGAAAAUAUUUUACUGUACAAAUUAUAAAGUGAGACAAGCAUGCAACUACAUAUACCCCAUGCAAUAUGUUUAAGACUGGAAUACAAUAAUAAUAUUGUAUUCCAGUUUUUUUUUUUUAUAUUUUUUCACACCUUGUAACCUUCCUCCUUCUUCCCCCCCCCCCCCCUUCCUUCCAAGGGGCCAAACUUGCAUGAUAUUCAUUACUGAGUUAAAGCAAUUGUGCAGGGGAUCUCACAACAGGCUUGCUCAGUAAUAUUGAAAAUAAUAAUAAUUCCCUGUGGAGGUUUAAAAAUCACCACUUGUCAUUUGGUUAUACUUCUUAUUCUUUCCCGUUUCAGAGGACAAUGAACUUGUGCGAAUUAUUUUAGUGAAAUCUGGACGAGAUGCUGCUAACUGUUGGCACUCACUGUUAUCAAAUCAAUAUUCUGCUGAUCCUUGGAUUUUUAAUGAAAUGGAAAAAAAGUUAACAUUAGAGAGGUUCCAGAAAGAGGUACAUGAGUCUUAACCAUGUAAUUCAUUGAAAUGCCAGUACAUAAUUUUUUAAAUUUAAUAAGUUCUGUUCUUUAUACCAAACUUUGUUUCUGACAAAUUUUCCUCAAAAAUCUAUGCUUUCAUAAUCUGAUAGUAAAAAAAACAUACAUAUAUAUACCAUUAUGUGCUUUAAGAAGGAACAUAAUUUUUUUCUGUCUUUUUGAUUAAUUAACUCUGAAAUUCCACCUUUGAGCUGCAAGUAACAAUAGUUCAUCUACCUGACAAUAUCCAACAAAAAAUUGCCUAUGUGGUCCUAUAAAAUCUUACCUGAGGAGUGGAUACGAUGGUAGAUCCACUCUGGUCAGAUACAAAAGAUUAUCACUUUCAAGUCUAAGAAAAUCUACGUGUACCUCACUAGGUUCAAUCUGGAAUGAUCUGCAUCAAUUCGAUCUGGAACGCCCAGACACCACGCACGAAAAAUUGCAUUUACACAAAUUUACUCGGUGUAAAUAUGGUGCAAAAAAGUGCAAACUAGGGGGAAAUUACAAGCAAAGAUGGUAAAUACCGCAUUUGCUUGCCAGUUUACAUGGGGGUGUAAAUUUUAGGGCAAAUGCGGUAUUUACCAUCUUUGCUCUUUAUUUAACCCUAGUUUGCACUUUUUUGCACCAAAUUUGCACUGAGUAAAUUUGAUGUAAAUCCAAUUUUUCGUGCAGUGCAGGUUUAAACAAGUUCAUAUGAACUCUUUAAAAGUGCUUCGUGGGUAAAAAGGCAAUUUACAAUUUUUUUAUGGGUUACAUGUAAAUUUUUCCUACAAAAGUAGCACAUACACAAGCAAAGUAUGUAAUACAAUUACCAGUUUACACACUUCAGUGAUUUAUCAUGCAAAUUUUGCAUGAUCCAGGGUUCAUACAGGUCAGGGAAUUAAAGAUUUGUUUAAUAGAUAAUUAACUACAGGUGACAAAGCAAGGACUACGUAAGACGAGACGAGAAAUCAAACAGCGCAAAGGGCUCACAUUUUGGUGGACUGAGGCCAGAGUUUGUGUCUGUUGAACUGCUUUAGGCAAAAAAUAUGUUAAAACAACAAAAGUUUUGAAAAUUUUUGAAAGCAACAGCUUAAUCUAAGGUCAUGGAAAACUUGAAAAAGUCAUGGAAAUAGUCAUGAAAAGUCCUGGAAUUUAAAGAGCUCAAAAGAGUACAAAACCUGUGAUCUGUCUCAAAAAGGUCUUAAAAAAACUGUCACACUGCAGUGUAGAUUGAAUUAUUUUGUUUGUUUUUUUAUGAUUCUGACUGAAAUUUGAGUAAUCAAUGCUCUUGUAUGCAUGUCCAACAACUCAAGUGUAUGGAUUGCCUGACGGAAUGACAUAAUUAUAUAGUGACCUGACAUGGUCGGGUAAUAAUAAAAUAGUUUAUGUAUUCUACAGAUUGUCUUUUAAAAACAUAAAUUUAUUUCCAGGCAUGCUCCUUAGGUCCAAUCCCAUUUUUUAUUUUGUUGUCCUGACUUUUUAAAGGGUCAACACACAACCUAUUAAAAUUGUUAUUACUUAAAUUAUAUUCUAGCUUUUACUUUCUUAAGAAAAUAAAUGGAGGCUCUUUCAGUUUUGAAAUACAUAGGAAUUCCAAUUUAUGUUCUAUUAUUUUAGUACAUAUAUCAUGGCUACUUAAUACUAGAAUAAUAAUAAUAUUAUUGCAAAAAACAAUAAAAUAACAUUCAAAAACUCAUUAAUAAUUCAUAAAGAAAAAGCAAAUUUUGUGGUUCCAAAAAUUAUUCAUACCUCCCACACAAAAGGGAUUUUUCCUUAGACCCCACCUCUCUGGAAAUUCCAGUCAAGCUUCAUAAAUUUACUUAAAUGUUUGGGCCUUUAUCUGGUUUAAAAACUUGAGGUGAAGCCGAGAGUUAAAAAAAAAAACUCUCGGCUUCACCUCAAGUUUUUAAACCUGAUAAUACACUCCUGCUCGUUUUUUAAAAAGUACAUGAUGAUAUAUAUCAAUGUGUACACCACAAGAUUAGUAUGAAAUCUUUGUAAUCCUUUUUUCUUGAUGUCAGAACCCUGGCUUUGACUUUAGCAAAGCUGAAAUAUCUGGAAACUAUUCUGGAGGAGGCCCAAAAUUACCAAGCUGACCAAACAUCUCCAAGCUACUAUAAAAUACCAAGUGGUCAAUGAAAACAUAUCCAACCUCUCAAAACAAGAUUCAUGAUAUGAGGCUGACAUGUUAUGCAACCAAAGUAUAGCAAGUAUACAGCUCUGUAAUUGCAGGCAAAAAUUACUUGCAAACCUGAAAGUGCAGACACUAGUGAUGCUGAAGGAACAAGCUAAAGUUACACAGAAGAAAGCUAAGAAUUAGCUUCAGAUAUAAGACAUCAAUAAUAUAAAAACUUCAAAGUAAAAUGAUUUUAUGUAAAUUUAAAGAUGCCACUCAGUACAUGUUGACGAUGUUGUUUUCAUUUCUGGGUUAAGUUUGGUUUUUGUUGUUGUUAAGACUUCUGUUUGUCUGAAGGUGGCUCUGUUGUUAUUAGAGGUGCAUUGAACCAUGACAAACUAUGUGUCAUAACUUUUUUGGUUUUAAUGUGAUAGACUAUUAAACUUUGAGAAGACGUUCAGCUGUCAUUUUGCUAUAAUAUGAAAUAAUCCAAUUUAACUAGUCAAAUCAUGUUAUUAUUGUUUAGGAAAUUAGCAUUUAAGUGGACCCUCAUAUUUGAAGAAAAUGACUUCCAGUAAAAAGUGUUGCCAUUAUUUUUAGCUGAAAUUUCUGGAAUCAGGUUAUAUUGAUAUUAUAUUUUGCACUCGUCAGGUCACAACACUCAUCACAGUCACAACAUGAUCGUCAGGGUCAUUAAACACUCAUCACAGUCAACAACAAUCAUUGGGGUCACAACUCACAACACUCGUCAGGGUUACCUAUGCCAAAUAAGUUAAUAAGUUUCAGAUAAAUUGUUGGAGCAGA